CCGGGAGGCUAAUUCGAGUCCCGCCUCCUGACUCACUCCACGUUCCUGAGAACGGGGCGGGGCGCAUUCGCCGAGUAACUGCUCCACUGCGAGGGGUGGUGGCGCACGUUGGGCUUCACCAUGGAGGAAUACCUGCAGGGUUGUCGUGCUGCUCUGCAGGAGUCCCGGCCACUACAUGUUGUGCUGGGAAAUGAAGCCUGUGACUUGGACUCCAUGGUGUCCCCUCUCGCCUUGGCUUUUUACCUGGCAAAGACGACUGAGGCUGAAGAUGUCUUUGUGCCAGUUUUAAAUAUAAAACGUUCUGAGCUACCUCUACGAGGUGACAACGUCUUCCUUCUUCAGAAGGUUCACAUUCCAGAGUCCCUCUUGAUUUUCCGGGACGAGAUUGACCUCCACGCAAUGCACCAGGCUGGCCAACUCACCCUAAUCCUUGUUGACCAUCAUGUAUUACCCAAAAGUGAUGCAGCCCUAGAGGACGCAGUAGCAGAGGUGCUCGACCAUCGGCCCAUGGAGCAGAAGCAAUCCCCUCCCUGCCCUCCCUGCCAUGUUUCAGUUGAGCUGGUGGGAUCCUGCGCUACCCUAGUGACUGAGAGAAUCCUGCAGGGGGCACCAGAGAUCUUGGACAGGCAAACUGCAGCCCUUUUGCAUGGAACAAUCAUCGUGGACUGUGUCAACAUGGACCUUAAAAUGGGAAAAGCAACCCUUAAGGACAACAAAUAUGUGGAAAAACUGGAGGCCCUCUUCCCAGAUUUGCCCAAGAGAAAUGACAUCUUUGAUUCUCUACAAAAGGCAAAAUUUGAUGUUUCAGGUUUGACCACUGAGCAGAUGCUGAGAAAGGACCAGAAGACCAUCUUCAGACAAGGCAUCAAGGUGACCAUUAGUGCGAUAUAUAUGGAUUUGGAGGCCUUCCUGCAGAGAUCUGGCCUCAUUGCAGACAUCCAUGCUUUCUGCCAGGCUCAUGGCUAUGAUGUCCUGGUUGCCAUGAAUAUCUUCUUCAACACUCACAAUGAGCCAGUGCGGCAGUUGGCAAUUUUCUGUCCCCAUGCAGCGCUCCGAAUGACAAUCUGUGGAGUCCUGGAACGCUCCCACUCUCCGUCCCUGAAGUUGACCCCCAUCCCAAGCACCCACCCUAACCUCCAAGCCUAUCUUCAAGGCAACAUCCAGGUUUCUCGAAAGAAACUUCUGCCUCUGCUCCAGGAAGCCCUGUCAACAUAUUUUGACUCCAUGACAAUCCCUUCAGGGCAGUCUGAGACAGGGGAUGUGUCCAGGGAGCAGGUGGACAAGGACUUGGACAGGGCAGGUGCCUCCCUGAUUCCUGGACUGAGUCAAGAUGAGGAGGAGCCUCCACUGCCCCGCACGCCCAUGAACAGCUUGGUGGAUGAGUGCCCUCUGGAUCAGGGGCUGCCUAACCUCUCAGCCGAGGCCAUCUUUGAGAAGUGCAGUCAGAUUUCACUGUCACAAUCUACCACUGCCUUCCUCUCCCAGAAGUGACUUUGGGGAGGGGAGGGGAAAGUGAGAGAGGUUGCUUGCACCACCUCGAAUGCAUGUUUUGAGAGGCUUCAGCAAUUCGGUCUUCAUUGCUCCAGGAUCUGGUAUACUUGUACUGUUCUCAUAAAUCUGGGAGGAGAAAGAAGUACAAGAAAGCAGCUGCUUUAGGAAUGGCUUUCUACCUUUUCUCCCAAUCUCUACAAUCAAAUUCUGUUACUUAAUUCUUUAGACCUUCGCUGACUCCUCAAGGGUACACUAUAACUUCUCCACUGUUCCAGAAGAGUGGCACAGAAAGAAUGUGUACCCCAAAUGUGACUCAAUAAGGCUCUUUAACAGAACCAGUAUCUCUUUCUGACUCCUCUUUCUGCCCCCAGUUAGGUAAUGGUGUCUGAUUCCAGGAUGGCUACAUUUUUUUUCUGAGUUUGUUGUGACUCUUUUAGGAUUAUUUGGGAGCAGAUUAGAGGCCAUUAUCUUCUGCCCUGACCAGGUGGCCUGGCUCUCAGUCUCUUUCUUAUCCCAAAGCCACAGAGAGCCUGAGGAAACCCGAAAGCCCCCUGAGCAUUCAGGAGACACUUAGAAAGGCCUUAAGUAAGACCUCAUGGGCACUCUUCCCAAGAGACCGCAGAACUGCAAUGAGAGCCUCAGUUCUGUCCCCUGUCGUAGCAGGUCUGUCAAUUUCUUGUCCAUAUCAUUCUCUUCUUGCUCAUAUUAAAAGAAAGCAUGGAGCCCUGGCUGGUUUGGCUCAGCAGUAGAGCAGUCA